AGGCCUUUUUUGUCGGUCCUCCGCGUCGCUUCCUCCGUUUUUCGGUGCCGUCGCCAUGAAGUUCGUCUACAAGGAAGAGCACCCGUUCGAGAAGCGCCGCUCCGAGGGGGAGAAGAUCCGGAAGAAGUACCCGGACAGGGUCCCGGUCAUCGUGGAAAAAGCCCCCAAGGCCCGAAUAGGGGACCUGGAUAAGAAGAAAUACCUGGUGCCCUCCGACCUCACAGUGGGCCAGUUUUACUUCCUCAUCCGGAAAAGAAUCCACCUGCGGGCCGAGGACGCCCUUUUCUUCUUCGUCAACAACGUUAUCCCCCCCACCAGUGCCACCAUGGGGCAGCUCUACCAAGAACACCACGAGGAGGAUUUCUUCCUUUAUAUCGCCUACAGCGACGAGAGCGUUUAUGGCACCAUGUAAGACCCCUGAAGUCCACUGGCUGCCGCCGAGGGGCACGUUGCCCGCCGAAGGGACCUGCACUUUCUGUUGUUACUUGUUAAUUUUGUUUAAAAAGGUUGUGUUUUUCUUUUUCUUUUUUUUUGCUUCAGGAAAAUGGGGGGGGGGGUUCUUUCUCCUUUUCCCCCCCCCCACUCCCCACCCUUUAAUUUCUGGCUGUGAAUCUUUAACUCUCUUCCUCUUUUAACUCCUUCCCUCCUUUCGGUUUUCUUUUUGAGGUUGGUUGUGGCUAAAAUUAAAAUACCUCCUCCCUUGCAUCGUCCCCUAUGUGCUUGAUUGCUUUCUUUUCUCUCCUUUUCUUUCUUUCUUUUUUUCCUCUGUUGAAAAAGGUCAUCUGGAAUUUCUCUCCAAAAGCAACAAGG